AUGAACUUAAAAAAAGGCGAUGGGUCUGACCAUUCAACUCCAAAAAUUUCAAUAGUUGUUGGCUUCGUAAUUUUUCUAAUGAUAAUUACAAUGAGCUUCGGCUUUUUCAUUAAACGACGAAAUAAGACUCCUGCGACCGCUUUUAAGAAACGUUUUCAAAGAAACGAUCCUUCCCCCAUCCCCGCGAUAACUUCGGAAGCAAUAAUUGAUAGGGGAGUAGAAACUCAAGAAACAAGUCAGGAAUCGCAAAGAAAUUCCACAUCUUCUAUCAUUAUAGAAGUAAUGACGGAAACUUUAUCAAAUAUAAUUAAAAAUCAAGGAGAGUUCCCUAGUGAUAAUAAUUCUAACGUUUCGGCUAGACCUGAAUUUGUUCGAGUGAAAACUUUGAAAUUUCAUAAAGUGGCUGAUCAUUCCAAGAGUGGAAAGAGUUCGAUCAAAAAUAUAUUAAAUAUAUUUGGAAAACGCUCUUAA